GUACGACGACUGCGACAACGUUCAGUCCGACGGCGGCGCCAACUCACAGACCAACCAGCAGGAUGACGAGGACGAGGAGCAUAAUAAGGAAGAAGACACGGUGCAUGAUGCGGGCGACGCGGAGAGCACCGAGACUCUCGCCCGCUGCCGUCAGAUGGAAAUGCAGCGCAGCUGUAUGUCCAUUUCUGAGGUCGAUAUGUACGCCGACGCCAGGCCCGACGACCUCUCCCUGCCCGACGAGGCUUCCCCCGACGCCCUAUUCGACGCCCACACCCACGCCAUACGUGAAGCCCUACCCGACAUCCAGCCCGACGCCUCAUCCGAUCUCGCAUCCGAUCUGCGCGACGACGUGACUACAGAGACGCCCUGCGCCAUCUUCAACUCUCUGGGACUG